AUGAAACCCCUUUGUUGCCACCACCACCGCCACCCAUCAUCACAUCCACUGCCACCCACCAUAACCACCAUUGGUAACUCCGCUACCACCAUCAUCCACCCACUAGCACCGUCACCUCCACCACCAUCGACCAUUGCCACUGCUACCCACCACCGCUAUCACCAUCUCCACCACAACCACCACCACCACAUAUCACCGCCGUCACCACCCGAUACACUCUACCUCUACCACCACCCACCAAUGUCACAACCACCUACCACCACCACCGUCACCACCUAUACCACUAUACUACCUUCCACCACGACUAUACCAUCAUUGCCACCACCACUGUCAUCACCUCCGCCACCACUACCAACACCACCACCAUUGUCACCUCCACCACUACUCAUGACUGCCACCAUAACCAUCAUCAUCACAAUUACUACCGCCACCACAAUCAUCACCUCCGCCACUACCCAUCAUCACCUUUGUCGCCAUCAUCACCACUACUGA